AUGGGACUUCUUGAUAUUAUUGAAGAGAUAAUAGAUGAUGACUUGCUUUUUAUUUUAAAAUAUGGCUUAAUAAUUUCAAACUUUAUCACCAUUUUUGUCUUAUUGUAUUUCAAAUCAAAGAAACAAUAGGAUUAGAAAGAAGUAAUAAUUGAUAUAUUAGAAAAGGAAAAUAAAUCUGUUUUAUUAGUCACAGCUCAUCCUGAUGAUGAAGCAAUGUUUUUUUUACCAACUAUUAGCUAUUUGCAAGAUAACAAUUACGAGAUUCAUUUAAUGUGUUUAUCAAAUGGAAAUGCUAAUAAGAUCGGAAAGAUUAGAGAAUCAGAAUUAGAAAAGUGUUGUCAAUACUUGAAGAUAAAGAAAUUAACCAUUAUAAAUGAUGAAGAUUUAUAAGAUUCAAUGACAGCUACGUGGCCUAUAGAAAAAAUUUAAAAAAUUGUCUAGAAAUACAUAUAUGAGAAUAAUAUAAAGGGGAUUAUUACAUUUGAUAAACAUGGUAUUUCAGGCCAUUUAAAUCAUAUUGCCUGUUAUAAUGCAAUAUCUACAAUGAAAAGAACAGAAGACCUGAAGGUGUUUGUCUUAGAGACCACUAAUAUAUUUAGAAAGUAUAGUUCAUUUUUAGAUUUCUUUGUCUCUUCCAUCCUAAAUGAUAAUCUAAUGGUGAAUCUAAAUAUGCUUAAGGCAUGGAAGUCAAUGCAAAUCCACCAUUCACAAUUUGUGUGGUAUAGAAAGCUAUUUGUUGUGUUUUCCAGAUAUGCUUAUAUAAAUACGUUGAUUAAAAUUUGA